AUGCCUGGCGGGUGGAGGGUAGCGAGACGCCUGGCGACCAGCGAGGCAGAGAUAUUACCUUUGUUGACGGGUGAAAGUGGCCGCACCGGAAACAUCCACCCUCGACCCUCCAGUCUCAACCGCCUGGCGGGUCGCCUGGCGGGUAUCCACCCGAACAAUCCUGUUUGUUCUUCCAGCCAGCCAUCCAGGCAUUUUACCGCUGCACUACGACUGCGCUACAGCAUGGAGGAACUUAUUAUAGCAGCUGUGUACAAGCGUAAAGCUAUUUGGGAUCCUACCGACGGUCUCAGGAAGAAUUCAAAGAUUUUGAAUGCAUUGUGGGCUGAAGUAGCUCAAGAAGUUGGAAUAGAUGUGAAGACAGCGAGAGCAAAAUGGAAGAACCUUCGCGCUUAUUUCGCCAAAGAAUUGCGAGAGUUAGAAAUCCCAAAAAGUGGAAGUGGUGGCAAUACAAAAACUGUAAGUACAUGGAGCUUUUUCUCUCAACUGAUGUUUUUAAAAGAUGUCAUUGUUAGCUCUAGUUGUCCUAGAGACGAUAACCUUCAUGUUUCUAAAGAAGCAACAACACAAGACAGCAACGAUGCUUCACAAUCAUCUGAAACAAAUGUGACCAACAAUUACGAAACAUUCGAACAGCAAAGUGAGUCUCUUGCCAUUCUAGCAGAUGUCAUACCCGAAACGUCAACUUUGAGUGUUUCACAGGAAACUGAGUACAAUUUUUUAAAGAAAAGAAGUGAAGUUAGAAAACGGAAACAAACUUCAUCACAGCAAAGAUGUAAGGAAGAUGAGUUAAUUGAAAUAGAAAAAAAGAAGAUUGCUCUUCUCGAAAAAGAGAUCAACACCACAGAAGAUCCGGAUCUGAACUUCUUCAAGAGUUUAUUGCCGUACAUGCACUGUUUCAAUGGCUUACAAAAGCUUCGAGUACGUGCGGCAAUACAAGAAAUCGUUACCCGAGAGUAUGAGGCAACACAGAGCAUAGGUCCAUUACCACAUCAUCAACUUGCAGGAAGCUACUUGUCUUCUCCCGCCACGCGGGAUUCAUCCGAGAAUCACCAUGUACUACAUCCUGCGUCAUUUAAUGCGCCUUCAACGGAAUCUUUGGAUACAUCAACAGGAACAUUUGAUGUUUCUCACUAUUCGUAAUUUUUCGCAAGUGUAAAAUAUGCAUCUAUGAAAAUACCAUUGAAUGUUUAUAAUUGUGUGAUAAUAUUGUUAGUGAAAAUUAGGCAGGGCUAGUGUAUACCAUUUGUACUGUUUCAAUAAUAAUAACAUUAAAAUUACUAAUAAAAACCCUGUGAAAAGGCUCAUCAAAACCAAUAUCAUAUUUAUAACAGCAAUAUUAUAAUUUAUAGUAGUGAAAAUAAAAUUGGUCUUACCUGCAUGUAAUUACUAGUCGUUGUUCAGCAGAGAUUGUUUCUCUGAAGUUUGUUGUCACAUGAUGCAGAAACUUUUGCACUUUGAAAAAAAGUAAAUCAAACAAUUCUUUGCUCAUCCGCAAGUAAUUAUAAAACUUGUCACUGUGGUUCCUAAGCUCCUUAUAAACCCUAACAAAUUCACCGUCCGUUGUUCUUUGUACAUUAUAAUCAUGAAUCCACGCCCUAUGGUUCCUAUUUAGUAGUUUCGCUUUCAAAACAGAAUUUUCGGACAGCAAAAUUCUGCGAGAUGCUUUUGAAAGUGACAUUUAGAUGUGCACGUUUUCAGCUUUCGCGUCAGACUGAAGGAGGAUGCAAGCUGUAAACAGCCUGUCGGUGCGGUCAGGCUGCAUCCAGCCACUACCCGCCAACCUCCACCCUCUAC